AGUUUUUGGAUGCUACUGUAUAUAAUGACCCUCAGUCGUAUUGUUUUAAUUUUCAUGUUCUUUUCACAGGAGCACAAAACUUUGUUGCCCACACCUUUUAUCAAGCCAAAGGGGCAGUUUUUGUGACCUCCAUUCUGCCCGGCUCUCCUUUCACACCUUUAAUUGUCAGGAUCAGCACGACAGGGCACAACCAUGCCCAAGGGCAGUAAAGUGACUCAGCGCGAGCUCAGUAAUGAGCAUGUCACGGAGUCUGUGGCGGACCUCCUGGCGCUGGAGGCUCCCAUGGACUACAAGAGCAGUCAGAUGAGCAUGAACAUGGCAGGAGGGGGCCCUCCGCCCAUAGGCAAGCCAGACAUCUCUCCUGACCUUGAAGACGGUCGCCCUGCCUGGAACAGUAAGCUGCAGUACAUCCUGGCCCAGGUGGGCUUCUCAGUGGGCCUGGGUAACGUGUGGCGUUUCCCUUAUCUUUGCCAGAAGAAUGGAGGAGGUGCCUACCUUGUUCCAUACUUCAUCCUUCUAAUCCUUAUUGGCAUCCCACUUUUCUUCUUGGAGCUGGCGGUUGGCCAGAGGAUCCGUCGAGGAAGCAUAGGAGUAUGGAAUUAUGUUUGUCCACGACUUGGUGGCAUUGGAGUGUCCAGCCUGAUGGUGUGUGGUUUUGUGGGUCUGUACUAUAAUGUGAUUAUCGGCUGGAGCAUCUUCUACUUUUUUCAGUCGUUUCAGUAUCCUCUGCCUUGGAGCGAAUGUCCUAUCAGGAGGAAUGGCAGCCAAGCCAUUGUGGAGCCUGAGUGUGAGAAGAGCUCAGCAACCACGUACUUCUGGUACCGCGAGACCCUGAACAUCACCAGCACAAUCGCAGACAGCGGGGGGCUGAACUGGAGGAUGACUCUGUCGCUGCUGGCUGCCUGGAUAAUUGUCUGCCUGGCUGUCAUAAAGGGCAUUCAGUCUUCUGGGAAGGUGAUGUACUUCAGCUCUCUAUUUCCAUACGUUGUGCUCUUCUGCUUCCUGGUGAGAGGGAUGUUUCUUAAAGGAGCAGUUGACGGCAUUGCUCACAUGUUCACACCCAAGCUAGAGAUCAUGUUGGAGCCGCAGGUGUGGCGUGAAGCUGCCACUCAAGUCUUCUUUGCUCUUGGUCUGGGAUUCGGAGGAGUCAUCGCUUUUUCCAGCUACAAUAAGAGAGACAACAACUGCCAUUUUGAUGCCGUUCUGGUCUCCUUUAUCAACUUCAUGACCUCUAUUCUGGCUACACUCGUGGUGUUUGCUGUGCUGGGUUUCAAAGCCAACGUCAUGAACGAGAAAUGUGUGGUGGAGAAUGCUGAAAAGAUUCUGGGCUACUUGAACUCAAAUGUGCUGAGUCAGGAUCUCAUCCCUCCUCAUGUCAACUUCUCCCACCUCACCUCGUCAGAGUAUGCCGAGAUGUACGGUGUAAUAAAGAUUGUGAAAGAAGACAGUUUUGCUCAGCUGGGACUGGAGCCGUGUCUGCUGGAGGAUGAGCUCAAUAAGGCUGUUCAAGGCACUGGUCUGGCUUUUAUUGCCUUCACCGAGGCCAUGACCCAUUUCCCCGGUUCUCCCUUAUGGUCUGUCAUGUUUUUCUUCAUGUUGAUAAACCUGGGCCUGGGCAGCAUGAUCGGCACCAUGACUGGCAUCACCACACCGAUUCUGGAUACUUUCAAAAUUCGGAAAGAGUUCCUCACAGUGGGCUGCUGUAUUGUGGCUUUUUUGUGCGGUUUGCUGUUUGUCCAGCGUUCAGGGAACUACUUUGUUACCAUGUUUGAUGACUAUUCUGCCGGUUUGCCCCUCACCAUUGUGGUGAUCUUGGAGAAUGUAUCAGUAGCCUGGAUCUAUGGCACUAAAAGGUUCAUGCAGGAUCUGGAGGACAUGCUGGGUUUCAGACCGUACAGUGUUUACUUCUACCUAUGGAAGUAUGUGUCUCCAGUGUGUCUGCUCAUACUGAUUUCUGCCUCUGUGGUAGAGAUGGCCAUCAGCCCUCCGGGAUACAAUGCAUGGGUGCAAGACCUGGCCAUGGAGAGGUUUCAGAGUUAUCCUCCUUGGGCCCUAGCCAUGUGUUUUUCUCUGAUCAUUGUGGCCAUGCUUCCUCUUCCAUUGGUCUUUCUUGCCCGUCACUUCAACUGGCUCCCAGACGGCUCCAACAAGUUGUCCGUCUCCUACCGCAAGAGCCUUGCAAAGGAGGCUUCCACCCUGGAAGAUGAGACGAGGUUCAUCCUUGGGAAGAACCCCAGCGAAGCCCCUUCUCCCAUGCCCAGCCACCGGGCCUAUCUGGGUCCUGGCAGCACCUCUCCUGUGGAGCUCAUCACCAACUCUACCUCCAUCAGCGGCUACGGCAGUGGUUACCAGACUAACCCUGCUCCUCCCAAAUCUGAGUCAUGAUCCUCCAACCCACCAACCCGAGACUGAGACGGAAAGAGAAAGAAGAUGCUGAACAGAUGAGAAGGUCCUAGUGUUGGUCACACCUUAACCCAAGCCAUUCCAAGAAGGAGGACAACAAGAAAACAGACAGAAAGACACAGAGAUCCUUCCUUUUCUCCAACAAGAAAGGUCCCUUGAGCCCAAUUAUUCAUACGGACUACAGAUGUUGGUCUGAAGGUGAAAGAGAGCCUGAAGCUUUCAGAUCAGAAUGUAGGGUGGCUUACUUGGUGAGUUGGUAAGUUAUUUUUCGCAUACAGAUAAUUAAUGUCAACUCUAAGAAUAUUCAAAGCUUCAGGUCUGGUCUCUGUGAUUCGUUCGGGGUCAUAGGGUUGGUAGCACAUCCCUCUCUGUGAGUUCUGAGGUAAUAGUUGUCGCUCAGGUUAAGGUGUUACCAAUGCUGCUGAACUCCAGACAUCUUACAAAAUGUAUAAGAGAUGCCAUGCAAGGGAUUUCAUUUCAACUCAUCUUUAGAGCUCAUAAAAGGAGUCAACUCAGAAGGACUCAGAAUAACUAAAGCUUUCACUUCUUAUAAUGAGCCCUCGAGUGGAUAUUAUGUAAGAGUCACUGUUAAAUACAGACCACCUGAGAGUAGAGCGAACUGAUAUCUUGAUUUCUGGUACUGACUGAAGUACAUCUUCAUUUAAUAAGUGUUCUUGGUUAUAGACUUUGCACAUCAACAGUCUGUCAUGUCCACAUCUCAGCACAAGAGGACGACAUAUAUGUAUUCAAACACAAAGCACAUACGUAUGUAGUCUCAAUGCAGUAUCAAACAUGAAGUAUAAGUGUCAGGUUAAGGCUGUUUUUGAAACUGGAUUUAUCUCUUUUUAAGUUUAUGUUCAAGUUUUUUUAUGAUCGAAAAACAAAUGUGACUGCCUGAUGAGAGGUGAUUUCCACAGAGCACAAGAAAUUAAUAUCCAGGAUGCAAUAAGGGGUACGGUUUGAGCCAAGUAAACUCCAACCACAAUAACUACAUAUUAAUAAAUUACACAUGAAUUGAAUUAGAUCGACUGUUAUUUAAUUUCAAUGUCAGCAGUGGCAAUAAUAGUAAUGAAUUGUGUGGCAUUAGCUGCAAUUGUGAGGUUUACUUAAAGUUAUCAUGCUUGGUGGAGGCUAACUAUUUUAGGUCUAUAUAAUUAUCCAAAGUGAAAUGUAUUUAUGAUGAAGAUGAUAAGCUCCAAAUAGGGAAUGGUGCUGCAUCGGUAAGCAUAUGAGACUUUCAAAGACUUUCAAAAUUCUGACCCCAAACUUUUGAA